AUGAAGGGUCUCGCGCUUUUUUUAUUUGCUCUUUCGGUCAAGGCACAGUGCCGCAGACAGAAUGCUUGUCGUCCUGAUGGAGGAGUUGUUGCUCCUGGACAAAAUUGUCGUCCAAAUACGGACUAUUGCAAUCUAGGGGCAUGCGGUAACGGCCAAACUUGUCGAAACACUGAGGAAUGUGAUGGCUGGAUUGAGGCCAAUUGGUAUAAUAAUUGCUAUGUCGAAUGCGUGAUGUACAAGGAGCUGAUGCCCAGAGUCUCGAACGAGGAUGUGAGGGACAGAUAG